GAAAAGGCAGCAGAAUAAGGAAGUUGAGCCGCAUACCACACUAACACCGAGGCGACGGAGUUUUUUUUAUGUUUUUUCUUCCUUGGCAUCUUGGGAUAGCUUCACAAGCAAGUGGAAUACACCGGUGCAUGUGAGGCGCAAACCCUUCCAGGUGGCCAGAACGGGUCACUCCGACACUGGACCCGACGCAAGAGGAAACCCUCAAGCAUCAAAAUCCGAAGACCUUUCACAUCGAUUCCUCACUUGAACAUCUUCCCACAUACGUGAUUUUUCCUCGCUGAACCCCCAAAAUGACGGAAAUUUGCAAAUCAUGCCACGACCCCCUCAGCUUAACCCUCGACCCGGAAGAGUCAGACGGCGAAGGUGAAACCGUCCCGGAUGACCUCUUACUUCCCUGCGGCUGCCACUACCACUGGCAAUGCCUUGUCGACGAGUCCAGCAGCAUAACCGCCACCCUCACCUGCCCCUUCUGCAACAGCUACCUCCCCUCCAACCACCCCUCCACCGCCGCCGGCGCCUCCUCGUCCUCGUCGUCAUCAGCACCGCAACCCGCCCUCACAACCCCCACCAUUCUCACCCACUACACCAACGAAGGCGGCGUCCAACCAGACCUAGACAUCUACCCGACCUUGGCAGAAGAGUCCUUCCUCAGCACCCACCCGGAAGCCCGCCCCGCGCGCGCCUUCCACACGCUCGUCUCCGAAGGCGACGUCCAGGGCAUGGUCGAGCUGCUCUCGGACAUGGACUCGCCCGAUUCUUCGGACCUGGAGGCUACUCCGCUCAGCGCAGCCCAGCUCCUCACAUGGCGCGACCCGCUCAACGGCGGGCGGAGCGCGCUGCACGUGGCGCUCAAGGCCCGGCAGGAGGAGGCCGUGUGGCUGCUACUCUGGCUGGGGAGCGGGGCCAACCGGGAAGUUUUCCCCGAUGCGGUUGUGCAGGUCGCACAGGCGAUGGGGUUGCCUAGACGCGGGGAAGGAUCAGGGCCGGUGGUCCCGGUGGAGGAGGACGUGUGGUUUGUGAGGGAUGACAGGGGCAGGACGGCGGGGGAUGUUUGCUUAGAGUUGGGGCCGCCGUGGACGAGGUUGGUUGAAGGGGGUUUGUUUAGCUGAGGUUUAGUCAGGGGUGAAGAGACCAUGGAACUAGGAGAGGGUAAAACAGAGGAGAGUGUUGGGAAAAUACAAAAACUCACCAUUCAGUUCCUGGAGGACGUAAAUGGCUACGAAAGUCCUGGGACCACUGUGUUUGCUUCGCGGCCCGUGAACGGCGUUCGAAAAUCGGUGUUGGGCGGCGAGUCGAUGGUGACUUCCCUCUGGGGAGGGCACCUGUCUCACAGGGAUGUUGAGGUCUUCCAGCCCUCCUAGCUAGGUCGUGAAUCUGCUCGAAGUGGCGCUGGAGACGAGGAAUGUGGGCCUACCACGUAUAGCGGGUGGCUGGAUGGCCAGGAAGAUAUCGAAACCAUCCCGUUGGCCGAUUAGUGAGAACUGGUCUCGGACCACCACAAGCCAACGGUGUGUACACACAAGAAUGCACAAGUACAUUCGUUCAAU